AUCCCAUCAACCCUCAAUCCUCAAACCUUUUCAAGCAGAAGAAACCACCCCCAAGAUGUCUCCCGUCAAGAUGCUUCUCUCCCUCCUGCCCCUCUUCAUCUCCUCCUCUCUGGCCGCCGCCGUGCCCGAAAACGCCGCGCGCGGCAGCUGCUCCUACUACUGUGGCAGCACCUGCUACUGGGACAGCGAUGUCAGCGCCGCCCUGGCCAAGGGUUACGAGCUGUACCAGGACGGCGAGACGGCCGGCGACUACCCGCACCAGUACCACGAUUACGAGGGUUUCGCCUUCUCCGUCUCGGGUACCUACUACGAGUACCCCAUCCUGAAGGACUACGACGUGUAUACCGGUGGGUCGCCCGGGGCCGACCGCGUGAUCUUCAAUGAGAAUGAUGAGUUGGCUGGUUUGAUCACCCAUACCGGGGCGAGCAGUGAGGAUGGGUUUGUUCAGUGUACUUCUGCUUGAAAGGGGGUAUUAGACGGAGAGGAGAAGUGGUUUGGGGAUUGGAUGGUUAUGUCUGCCUGUAUUGAAUCUAGCAUUCAGUUAGGCCAAUGAAAAAAAGCUC